GUUGUGACUUCUGUUUUAAUAUAUAAGAUAUUUCAUAGAAGGUUGGAUCCGACAUUUAGGAGGUCAUAUACAUUCUAAAGUCAAUUUUAAUAAAAUAAAGGAUUUCGAUAAUUUAGGAACAAUGGAACUUAUAUAAUAGCUUUAGAAAUUUAGGAGAUAAUGCGAAUGUUUCACUGGAUGUGAACCGGCGCUGUUUGUUACGGCAGGGACAACAUUAUAAUAACCCUAGAACAAAACAAUGACCUAAACUGCUUCCGCAUAAGUAGUUUCCAUUUCAGUUCCAUGCAACCUAGCCAGUAACAAAAGAUGGAACAUACAAAACGACGUAGUACUUCACUUAUCGCUCUCGUAGCAAAACGCCAAGAUCCAUUAUCUUUUUCUUUUUGUGAGCGUUUCUUCGAGAAUAUUUGUCAUUAUCAACAUUCUUUUUCUUUCAAGAAAAAUCCGCCAUGGAAGCCAAGGAAGCAAGCCAGUAUAGCUCUAUCAUAGUUCCAUCUGUUCAAGAGAUGGUGAAGGAGAAGCUGACAACGACGGUUCCUCUGAGGUAUGUACGGUCUGAUCUUGACAAAGGUGAUAUCGACGGUGAUUUAAGAACCGAGAUCCCAAUCAUAGACAUGAAUCUCUUGUGUUCUUUAACCUCCAUGGAUGCUGAGAUUCACAAGCUCGACUUGGCAUGCAAAGAAUGGGGAUUUUUCCAGCUUGUAAACCAUGGAAUGGAAAUAGGCUUCUUGGACAAAUUGAAGACAGAGAUUCAAGAUUUUUCAAACCUUCCCAUGGAAGAGAAGAAGAAACUGUGGCAACAACCCAAUGACGUCGAAGGGUUUGGACAUGCUUUUGUGGUUUCAGAAGAGCAGAAACUCGAUUGGUCAGACAUGUUCCUCCUUGUAAUGCAACCUGUCCAACUACGCAAGCCUCACUUGUUCCCCAAGUUACCUCUUCCCUUUAGAGAUACACUAGACACGUAUUCUGCUGAAGUGAAAAGCAUAGCCAAGAUCUUAUUAGCGAAAAUGGCGAGCGCCUUGAUGAUCAAACCCGAGGAAAUGGAAAAGUUGUUUGAUGAUGAGUUAAGACAGUCAAUGAGGAUAAAUUACUACCCUACUUGUCCAGAUCCCGACCAGGUUAUUGGUCUACCUCCGCAUUCAGAUUCUACAGGACUCACCAUACUGUUGCAGGUUAAUGAAGUUGAUGGUCUCCAAAUCAAGAAAAAUGGCAAGUGUGUUCCUGUCAAACCUCUCCCAAAUUCUUUCAUUGUCAACGUUGGAGAUGUCUUAGAGAUCAUAACGAACGGGGCAUACCGGAGUGUAGAGCAUCGUGGAGUUGUGAACUCGGAGAAAGAUAGGCUUUCUGUGGCGGCAUUUCACAAUUUGGGAAUGGGUAAAGAAGUUGGUCCUGUGAGAAGUCUCGUGGAAAGGCAAAAGGCUGCGUUUUUCAAAAGUGUGACCAUCGAAGAGUAUUUCAAGGGCUUGUUCUCACGUAAGCUUGAUGGAAAAGCUUACCUUGAUGUUAUGAGAAUCUAAAUAAAACAAUGCAUAAUAAAACCAUUUCCCUGUGGCACAAGAAACUCUGCCUUCUCAGACCGUUCAUGUUGUAUUACGUACACUUUGUUUCUUCUUUUGUUCACGCAUUCAGUAAAUAUGUAAAUCUAUCCCUCUGUAUGAUUCAAAUCUUGUCAGACAAUCGAUUUGUUAGUAAAGAAUGUUUUCGCUUCUUCA